CCGUGUUCUGACUGCAGGUUCCGGUGGCUGUGGGUUCUCGAAUCUUUCGGAACGUUUCAGACUCAGAGGCGUCGCGAGCAGCACUCGUGGACAUCAUGCGUUGGUUCGAGGGUUCGAUCCCGGCGGCCAUCGCGUCAGCUAAACAACUCAGAUGUGUGUUUGUGGUGGUGAUUACAGGAGAUGAUGACCAGUCCACUCAGCUGAUGUCCAGUUGGGAGGCGGACAGCGUGUCGGGUGCAGCUCACAACUGUUGUGUUGCGAUUCGACUGGACGCUCAGAGUGAAACAUGUGUGCAGUUUUCUCAGAUCUAUCCAGUCGUGUGUAUCCCGUCCUGCUUCUUCAUCGGUGAGAACGGCGUCCCGCUGGAGGUCAUCGCUGGCAGCGUCACGGCAGAGGAACUGACACAGAGAAUCAACAAAGUCAGACAGAUGCACACGCAGCAGAUGGAUGGAGAGAGACCCCAUCAGCCAGCGCUCGUCUCCCAUGCAUCAGACUGCAGCUCUGCCACAUCUAAAGAAUCUCUGUCUGCGCCGGUGGAGGAAGCAUCUGGACACCAUGAUAAAAGUCUCUCCUCAAAGGACAUCCCUCAGUCUGAGGAACCCUUAGAUGCCAAAGUGGAGAGGUUAACAAAGAAACUUGAGGAGAGACAUAAAGAGACGAGAAAAGUAGAAGAGGAGAAUGUGCUGAAGAAGGAGGUGGACAGAUGGAAGUUAGGCAAAGAGGUGCUGGACUACAAGAGGAAACAGGAGGAGGAGAAAACCAAACGUCUGCUGGAGGAGAGAAACCGUGAGAAAGCGGAAGAGAGAGCGGCCAGAGAGCGAGUCAAACAGCAGAUCGCUCUGGACCGUGCAGACAGAGCCACCCGUUACUCUCAGGUCCAGCAGGAGGCAGAAGCGGCCAGAUUAACGGCUCUACAGGCCAGAGCGGCCGAAGAUGAAGCCAAGAGAGAAGCCACACAUCGAGAGAGAAGCGCUGUCGCCAGGAUUCAGUUCCGUCUGCCCGACGGCUCAUCCUUCACUAACCAGUUUCCAUCAGAGACGCGCCUGCAGGAAGCCAGACGAUUUGUCGUGCAGGAGGUUGGAAACAGGUACGGUCAUUUCUCACUGGCCACCAUGUUCCCCAGAAGAGAGUUCACAGCUGAAGAUCUGGUGAGAAGUUUACUGGAGCUUGAGCUGGCACCCAGCGCCUCCAUCGUCCUGCUUCCUCAGUCCAGUCGAGCAUCCAACACUGUGAUCCACUCGUCUGAGGGUGGGGGCAUCUGGGUUGUGCUGGGAUCUUUACUCUUUCCCCUGCUGGCCGUCUGGAGAUUCAUCACCAGCUUCUUGUUCCGGACGCCCCCUCCGCCUGCGUCUCCUCGCCCUCAGAAUCAACACACGCCUAGCUCAGGCUCCUCCUCAGAACCAAAGCGAGAUGCUGUUCGUAAGAGAGUUCUUGAGAAAAGACCCGAGGACUUUAAAAAAGACGGUAAAAUAUAUCGACUCCGGACACAAGAAGAUAGUGAAGACGACAACAACACCUGGAAUGGCAACUCUACACAACAGAUGUAGUGCAAUAACCACAUGUCUCUCUCUCUCUCUGAUGAAGCGUGAUGGUUGAGAGUGGGUCAGUCUUAAUGGUGGGUUUGAGUAAUUUAGGGCUGUGAUUUCAUUUUUGCCCCUUUAAUCUGCUUCUUCAUCACAUCCCCCCGCAUGGGUUAAUGUAAUCAGGAUAGUGUCAUUUCUCUCUCCGCUGUGUGUGCACUACUUCAAUGAAUGCUGACUCUCAUUGGCCUGAAAACUGCUGCUGAUGAAAAAUGCUUCAAGGACCUUUGCUGUUUAUUUCAUAUUAAAUGCCGCAGGUUUGUUUCUGCGGUUUUGACUCCACAACAUCAUAAAAUGCCUUGGCAAUAUAAUGUCUUUACCAGUCAUGCACAGAGGAGACUUUAUCAUAACCAUCGAGACUUUAACAAUAGAUGUUUUUCAAGGUUAACCCUGAACUGAAAUUAUUUUUCUCUUUGAAUUAUUUGUGUUGGUUUUGUUAACCCAGAACUGUCUUCAUAUUUUCAUGGACAUGUAACUGAAAUGAACUGUAAUAAGACUCAUCUUUAUGACUUCUAAUAAAUAUUUGGUGAAACAGUCA